ACCUCCCAGCUGCAUGAAGUUCCUAUAAGGAAGUAAAAGGGUCCUAACAGCAGUUUUGCACUUUGACUUCUUCUUAAUCUUAGAUCAGGCAGAGACAUCUUCGAAGAGCUGUUUGUGCAGUAUCAAAAAGAAGGCUAAACAUGAAUUUGUCCGGUUCUGCCAGUAUGGAAGAAAUCUCUUUGGAGGAUGUGGAUAGUAACAGCAUGGAAUACAAGCUGUUUGUGGCCUAUGCCAAGUGUCGACUAUCUCCUAGUAAAUUUGGGCAAUUUUUAGAAAGAGAAAAGAAAGGCCAGGAGGAAUCAUUUGAGAGAGAGGAAAUGCAAAGCCCAGCAGGUAAAGGGAAAGCAAAUCAAGGCUUGUCUCCUGAGGAUCAAAAACACUCUCUCCGAAAUAAGAGUCGGAAGAAGAAGAAAAUCCACUGGAAGCGCCUGAUGUUCCCCUCUUGUCUUAGAGGGCAAGCCGAAGAGUGGUCCCGGAGAAAAGCAGAUGCUGUAAAUGAACAUGCGUUGAAGUCUUCAGCUGGUGUCGGAAGCACAUAUAUCUUUUCAGGAGAGGAACAAGAUGAUUCCAGUCUUGCUCUUUUGGUGGACAGACUUGCAGGAAUAGUUGAUCAUUCCAGGGCCUCUCCUGGAGGAACAAAAUCCAAAGGGUUGGUAUGUGCUGAUAUUCUAGAAGACGAUGGUGGAUGGCCCAGCAAAUCCAUAUCUGAAGAUGAUGGUGGGAAAGAUGAGGAACAAAAGAUAAUUGACACAAUAGUUGCCUUGCUAAGAAAAUCGGGAGAUGACCUGGAGGAAAAGAUGCAAACAGACAAGACUUUCUCUCAGAGUGUCUCAGACCUGAUGUCCUACGUAUUCUUUAGGAAACUUGCCAAUCAGUUUCUAAAAGAAGCACCCCUAGAUCCUACAGUAGACUCUGAGGUCCAAGUGCAGACUACCAAAGUUGCGUUUGCUAUGGAAGUCAUUACCAGGCUCACUGCUGUGGACACUCACCCCAUGAACAUUGUUCUGGGCUUUGGAAUGAAAUAUCUCAGGGAAAACUUCAACCCUUGGAUCCACAGCCGAGGUGGAUGGGAAAAAGCUUUAGGGUUAUCUGACCAUGAAGAUGUGGAAUAAAAAAAAGCAUGUUUGCUUCAGAAGAAGUUCCUUAACUUGGAGCAGUUUGAUUGGGAGAGGUGCCUGCAGGGAGACAGAAGAACAGAACUUCGGCAUAUUUUCUCCUCCAAGCUUUAAGAUUCCCUUCUGUACUACCUAUUGACACUGUCUUGAUGAAAAGAUGCUGCUUUUCUGAUGGGAUGUAUUUUAGCCACCCUAGCCAGUGUUCACUCUAACAGGGAUUCCCAGAUGUGGUUAACUACAACUCCCAGAAUCCCCAGCUGCAAUGGCUUUUGCUUGAAGAUUAUGGGAGUUGUAGUCAACAUCAUCUGGGAAUCCAUGUUAGAGGGAACAAUGAUUCUAGCAAACUGACAUUUUAGCUCUUCUGUUUGAUGAUGCUUUUUCCAGGUGGGGAAACGAGCUGGUACGCUUCGUUGAGAUGUAUUUGUAAAGGGUAAACUGAAAAUAGCAAAGUAUAAUUUACGAUAAAAAUGGCUUGCGGAUAGGAGAGCAUGUGAGUUCGAAUGCUGGGUUCAGGAUGACACAGGGCUUGGGGCCUUUUAAAAAGGUAUGUGCCAUCAGCUGCAUUUUGUUCUAUUGCACAUGGGUGAGCUGAAACACCACAGUUGCAGGAAUCACAUGAUGCUGCUCUUGCUAAGCUGGCCUGUUGCAGACCAGAAGGUGUGAUAGCAUGUUUGAAUGGUGUUCUGUGGGAGAGCCUCCUUGAAUUUACCCUGCCAUUUUUCUGACAUGCUAAUAUAUUGUCUAUAGGAAGAUCCUAACAUGGGAGACCAACCAUUGAAGUACGUGAGUGCCCUUCCUGCAGUUUGAAGUGAUAGUUUAGCAAGAGCUACACUAUAUGAUUCUGCUGCUCAUCUGUUUCCUUUCUGGAUGGUAUAACUACAGUUGCUGAAAUCCUUGCUGCUAUGCAGUUAUAGAAUCCAUAAGAACACUGAACCAUAUCUAGCAGUGCUGGGUACAUGGAAAGUUGUCAGUGAUAUAUUGUCCCCCUUCUAAUGUGUUAUGUCUUGGGGAUAAUUGUCAAGAAUCCUAGACAAAGUCAGAGUGUAACGGUUCCAAACUGAGAGAUACUUAAUGUUUCUGGACCAGAUUCACAUCUACUGCGAAAUGGACCACUUUAAAAUCUGUUACAAACUUGAUUCAUUUGGCUACUGCUACUGUAGUAUGUAUCACAUGCUGGACACCAGGACUAUUAAUUUAUCUGAAGGGGUCCAGCAUUACUGAAAAGUGUAGCAAAUAAUUCUGCUAUGAGCUUGAUUUAUGAAAUUGAAUUACUCUGUAAUUAUAGUACUAAGAUUGCUAAUACAACUCCUAUCAGGGAAAGCACUGUUUUACUAUAUCUUGAUCAAUGUAUUUAGUUUUGAUUGGGAGAAAGCAUAACCUUUGUCUUGACUUAGAAGUUGGCAGCAAGCCAUCCCUUCUGUGAGGUUUGUCACUUCACAUGAUAAAGGCAGGAUCCAGGAAUGACAUGCCAGAGACAAGUUGGCAAAAAUGUAAACAGUGAAUCAUAACCAUUCAGAAACAGCCAGAUUUUUCUCAUUUUCCCUCAUGUGUUCCUGUGUUAGGAUUUGCUUUAGCAGAAAACCACUAACCAAGGUUUUUUUGCAUGUAAGUCCUGCUUUUAAUUUGAUGUGUUACUGAUAUCAUGGGUCGCUUUUAAGAUGCUAUUUCUGUGUUUUUGAAAUGGAGACAGAGGUUUCCAGUAGCAGUUGACGAAGAUUGCAAGAAAUAUUGACCUUGGAAUUUCUUGUGGACAGAAUCUUGUUAUUAGUCUGCUAAUCCUAAUGGAUAAAACCCUAUUAAUAAGCUCAAGUGACGAUGGUACAGAUGAGCAUAAUAAAACAGUAACACUUAGCCACAGAUUUUGUGUGUUGUUCAGCUGCUAUGUGAAACUGGAAUCUGCCUCAUUCUUUGUUGGUACUUUUUAAACCAUAAACUUGUCCAGGUUAUUGAAAGACA